CGAUAGUGCAAACUCAUCUUCUUUGGCUUUGUGGUUAGCAGUCCGUAAUUAGGCGGAAACUGGUAAAAAAUAAAAUCCUUUGUGUGAAAAGUGAAUGCCCAGUGGUUAGCGCCAACUGUAAAUUAAAAACAAACUGCGUGCAAGCCGUCAGGAGCGGUAAAAAUAAUGACUUGCCAACGAGAUUCGCUUAAUUGGUGAGGGGACCUCGGCGAGUUGAGUUUGCCAUCGCGUUCGCCGCGUUGUUUUCGCGCAUUCCGCCUGCGGUCCUACUAAAACCGAGACGAGCAAAUUGUAAUUUUCUUUCGAGUUAAAAAUUAUAUGAAAUUGCUGGCGAAAAGCAAUUUGCAAGUCGUGUUACCAAAAAAUCUGCAAAAAGCGCUACGUGGUGCGUGAGUGCGAGUGCGACGAAAAACUCUUGCAGCGAGCGAGUGAGAGAGAAGCAAAAGACGAGCCAGCAAACUCUACAAACACACAAACAACACAAUGAUGAAAAUGGAGACUGACAAAAUAAUGGACGAAACCAACUCCAAUGCACAGGCCUUCACAACCACUAUGCUGUACGACCCGGUGCGCAAGAAAGACUCAUCGCCCACCUACCAAACGGAGCGGGAACUCUGUUUUCAGUACUUCACUCAGUGGAGCGAGUCGGGCCAGGUGGACUUCGUGGAGCACCUGCUGUCGCGCAUGUGCCACUAUCAGCACGGACAGAUCAAUGCCUAUCUCAAGCCGAUGCUCCAGCGGGACUUUAUCACAUUGCUGCCAAUUAAGGGUCUGGAUCACAUCGCAGAAAACAUUUUGUCGUACUUGGAUGCCGAGUCGCUCAAAUCGGCCGAGCUGGUCUGCAAGGAAUGGCUGCGCGUCAUUUCCGAGGGCAUGCUCUGGAAGAAGCUCAUCGAACGCAAGGUGCGCACAGAUUCCUUGUGGCGCGGACUGGCCGAGCGGCGUAAUUGGAUGCAGUACCUCUUCAAGCCCAGACCGGGUCAGACUCAACGGCCACACUCAUUCCAUCGCGAGUUGUUCCCCAAGAUAAUGAAUGACAUAGACAGCAUAGAGAACAACUGGCGGACUGGCCGCCACAUGCUGCGCCGCAUCAACUGCCGGUCCGAGAACUCAAAGGGUGUCUAUUGCCUGCAGUACGAUGACGGUAAAAUUGUCUCCGGCCUAAGGGACAACACCAUCAAGAUCUGGGAUCGCACGGAUUUGCAGUGCGUUAAGACCCUAAUUGGCCACACUGGAUCGGUGCUGUGCCUGCAGUAUGACGACAAGGUGAUCAUUAGUGGCUCUAGCGACUCCACAGUCCGUGUGUGGGACGUCAACACCGGCGAGAUGGUCAACACCCUCAUCCACCACUGCGAGGCGGUGCUGCACUUGCGCUUUAACAACGGCAUGAUGGUGACCUGCUCCAAGGAUCGCUCCAUCGCCGUCUGGGACAUGACCUCACCCAGCGAGAUCACGCUGCGGCGCGUCCUUGUCGGUCACCGGGCUGCUGUCAAUGUGGUGGACUUUGACGAGAAGUACAUCGUGUCCGCCAGCGGGGAUCGUACCAUCAAGGUCUGGUCCACGUCAAGCUGUGAAUUCGUGCGCACCUUGAAUGGCCACAAGCGUGGCAUAGCCUGCCUACAGUAUAGAGAUCGCCUAGUGGUCAGCGGCAGCUCAGACAAUUCCAUAAGACUUUGGGACAUUGAGUGCGGUGCCUGCUUACGUGUCCUGGAGGGUCACGAGGAAUUGGUUCGCUGCAUCCGUUUCGAUACAAAACGAAUCGUCAGCGGCGCCUACGAUGGCAAGAUCAAGGUUUGGGAUUUAGUCGCCGCCCUUGAUCCAAGGGCAGCCUCCAAUACUCUCUGUCUGAAUACCCUUGUGGAACAUACUGGUCGCGUCUUUCGUUUGCAAUUUGACGAGUUCCAGAUUGUUAGCAGCUCGCAUGAUGAUACAAUUUUGAUUUGGGACUUUCUAAAUUUCACACCCAAUGAGAACAAGACCGGACGCACACCGUCACCGGCCCUGAUGGAACAUUAACAUUUUGUGCAACGGCAGCUGCGCGAGUUACAUCUACAAUCCUCGAGCGAAGGAGAGGAAGACGACGAUGAGGACGAGGACGAUGAAGAUGAUUUUGAGGAGGAGGAAUCUAGAAAUGAUGCUGGCGCGUUUAUGGGGGGAUAUGUUAGGCACCGGGAUGGUGGUGGUUCGGACUCCGUCACCGGUUCCGGUUCGGAUCCCGAAUCGGAUGACCUGGAUUUUGAUGUAGAUGUAGAGAAUAUAAAUGAUUAUGAUGAAUAAUGAGUGAAUGGUCGUAAAACAGCAUAUACACACAGCAUGCGACUCGUCUAUUCAGAAAACUAUAUUGAACCCAAAAUACAGCGAUCUCUAAGCGUCUAUUUUACAACCGCACACCACACUACACACUACAUCCACACGGAACACACACAUAAUAUGAAUUAAAUGAAGUUAUAAAAGCAAAAAAACAAUAAAUGCAGAAGGAAUAUACUAAAUAUGCAGAUAUUUUCGCAAAACUGGCUGUUAGGUUUGUCAUGUACGAAUGAAACAAAAAUGAAGCAAAAAGAGAAGAAAAGUAAAAUUAUGUAUAAGUUACCUAGGCGCUGUAACACUAAUCGAGGGUCAGUCUUUGAAUCGCACUUGGGAUCGGUUGACCGACCGGGCGUUACUUUAAGUGUUUCUUUAGCUCAAAUACACAAGUUCGCGUUUAGGCAGCUGCCGCCUUAAGAGAAAAUUGUGAAAUGGUUUGGAACAUUAUCGCAGCAGGAAUCUGCAACGCGGCCAGAGGAAUCAGUCUGUAGCAUAAAUGUUAGUUAGAGUUGCAUCAUUAAAAUUGGCAGAGCAUCAAUGCGGUUCGCCGUUUUGCACAUUUGUAACCUACUUUACACGCCUUUUGCCUAAUGUUUGUGUUAAUUGUAAAGUAAAAUUAAGCCUAGUAUCUUAUUGGCAAUUGUAAUCUAAGUUACCCGAAAUACAAAUAAUUUAAAUGAAAAGUUAACUGAGUGAAUUGCAGUGUCUGCAAUUGGAAGUUACACAUCUUUCGAGUAAAGAUGAAUUGAAAAUGAAUCCAUUGUACUGCAAUAUAUAACCGAUUCUUUGAUUGAUCUAUGCUAACUAUAGAUUCUAGAUAUACUGAUGUAUGUAGAAAAUAGCGAAUUCCCAGGCAGUUUCAACAAUAUAAUUAUAUGUAUACCGUUCGUUGAUUGUGAUCGAUGGAUAUUUUACUAUAUGUAUUGCUAUUUGUAAGUUAAGAUCCAAUGCUAUACUUAAUCUGGAUCACGAUCGCCGCUUCCGCGUUAACUAAUGUAUGUACAUAACGUUUUACUUUAACAAAAGUUGAUCAAAUAUGAACACAUACUCCGGAUUAUGUAAAACUGUUAGAGGAAAGAGUGCAGCUUGUUAAACGAUGGCCGAGCAACUGCUAGUGCGCGAAUGGGCUUAGUAUAUGUAACAUAACUAGAAAUACUAAUAAAUUGUGUAUAAAUCCUAA